CGGUUUUACUGACGCACAGCGGGAGGCGUGACAUAUUUGUGGAGGUCAAGUCAAACAGAAAGUCAGCAUGGCAAAGAAGAAGCGUCUGCGGCUCAUAGCCGAGAUGGCCCGGAAGAUCCGGGCUUACAGGGCGCUAAAGAAUCGACCCCAGGACUCUCAGCGCUAUGCCCUGGACUACGACACCAUGACACGACCCUUCACUGGAAAAAUGCUGCCAGUGUUGGCUUGGAAAGAUGUACGGCAGGAAACGCGCCUCUUCACGUUACUGGCCGGCAUGCGCAUGUUUGGUGUGGGUCGACUCUUUACACGCAAGUCGUGGCUGGAUGAGCACACAGAGCCCUGCUACUGGAAAAUAACAAAGGUCAAGGUGGAUUAUACAGCAGAGAACAUGGAUCAUGGAAAAGCAUGGGGCGUUCUAACAUUUAAAGGUAAAGAGGAGCCUGGAGAGCGUGAAGUGGAGAAGGUGAUGUACCAUGACUGGCGACUGGUGCCCAAACACGAAGAAGAGGUGUUCAAGCGCUGUGAACCCGUCCCUGAGCCCCCUGUGCGUUACGUGAUACCCCCUCUCCUGCGUGCGAUGAUCCUGGCCCAGCAAGCCAAUCAGCUGGGUCUAGAUCCCAGCUCUAUCCCAGAGCCCACUUUCCCAUUGAAACGGGAUGUUGUGCUCGAUAAUGAGUACAAGAAGAAACUGGAGGGUACACCUGUCUGAUGCUCCGCUCUACUUCACAGGGGUUAAGGUUAUGGCGAGGAGAUCUAGGUUCUGUUUCAGUGUUCUUGAUAGGAACAGCUUGUUCUGUUCCUAAUUUUAUAGGCACUGCUGGCUGCUUAAAGACUAGUUUGCGUUUUAAUGCUAUAUUUUGGUAAAAAAACAAAAUAUAGCCUUAUGUUUUCAUCUAUGUUUCUGGGGUCAUGCGGCUAGUGAUGGCGGAGGGAAAAAGGAGAUCUGUUUGGACAUGUGAUCAAACCCAAAAGAUAAUCCUCUGUGAAAAGACUUUCUUCGUCCUCGAGUUUUUUUGUCUUCAAGUUAAUAUCAGUGUCAUGUUCUUUACAGUAUGUGAGAUAAAUACGAAAUUCUAUGCUUUAUUGUCAAGUGAGUAGUCUAAAUUUAAAAAUGAGUUCUCUCAAUGUUUUUUUUUUUAAUAAAAUAAGUGCAUAUUUAAACCCGGUGUGUAUGUACUUUACAGUAUUGGUGCAAAUUUAAUGUAAAAGAAAAAGUGUCCUGCAUUUUUCAUGUCACUACCACAACAGCAUAUCUUGGAAAUAUUCCUGUCCCCCCCUUAUUAUUCCUUAACUUAUGAAAGUACACCACUGUUCAUAACGGUGUUAACCAUGUGUUGAUUAGUUUUGAAGCUAGGUCUGAAAUGCUAUCUAAAAUUGUCAAUAAGAAAACAUUGUCAUAAUUGUUCCGGUUGUGACAAAAGGGAACGCACCAUCAUGUUUUGGUAAAAAUAAACAAAAUCUUAGUAGAAUUAUGCGGGGUUUUUUUUGGUUUGUUUUAAUAUGCGAUUCUGUAACGUGAUAUUGUGCCCCGUUUCGGCGCCCGUUUUUUAAUGACUAUUUUCUGCAUAUAAAGUUGAUAUGCG